AGCAUGAUUACUCUAUUGUUUUUAUACCAGGCUAUUAUUCGAAAUUUCGAAGAAAUCGUGCAGUUUUUAGGGAAAAUAAUGGGCUGCGGCUCAUCAUCACCUGCUGAAGUGGCUCCAGCUGAAAUAAUUGAACCAUCUCCAUCAUCAGAUGUACCAUCGGAUCCGAAGAUUCCAACAAGUUAUCGACCAUCUAUUAUAAGUCUACAAAUCCCAAAUGAAUUUGGUGAUGAUGUGAGCUCAGACGCAUUGAGUGAUCGAUCAGAUGCUCAAGAGGAGAAUGUGGACUAUCUCUAUGCAACAGAUGUGACACUUCAAUGGCUCCUUGAAAGAAUUUAUGAUAAGUUCAAAAAACCAAUUCCAGAGGAUCCACAAUGGAUAAUUGAAAGGUUGAACCGGCCUAGUUGGGAUUUGGACUACGCAACUUCUUCUGUCGUUAGAGUUACAUUUGGAUGGGAUGAUGAUGAAUUACCAAGAAGUGUUGUUUUAAAAACUCCAGUUGCAAAAGAUCAGAGAGAUGAUGAAGAAGGAAAAUAUCACUACAUCAUGUUUAAGAGAGAAUGUAAUGUAUACGAAUGGACACAGAAGUUUCCAAAAUUGAUAGCACCAAAAAUCAUUCACAUUAAAAAGCAUUCAAAGGAAGGAAGCGGAGUUGUGGUUAUGGAAGAUGUUUCCGAAAAAGGACAAGAACAGGAUCCAGUUAAAGGGUUAAUGCUAGAAGUGGUCCGUGAUCUCCUGAAACAAAUUGCAUAUCUUCAUUCUAUUUCACUAAAACAUACGUCAUGGAGCACACUUGUUGCCGAUUUGCCUCCAUCAUAUUAUGCUCACACAAUUGGAAGUUUUGAUGAUACACUGACUUUCUUCGAGAGGCAAGAUGUGGAUCAUUCAAGAUUUGUGCAUAUAGGAAAAUAUUUCUCUGACGAAUAUCUACAUUCAACGGCAACUGAAACAACUGAAUUACUUGAUAUUCCAAAAGUUUUGGUUCACGGGGAACCAUAUGCGAGUAAUGUUUUUACAAAAAUGGAAGGAAAAGAACAACGAAUCUUAUCACUUAUUGAUUGGACAGAAGGUCACUCUGGAUGUUUCGCUGAAGAUGUUGCAAAAAUAAUAUGUUGGAAUUUGAAUGCAAAAGAGCGAGUUGAUAAUACAAGUUCACUUCUCGAGGGAUACCAUUUUCAUUUGGCAAGAUAUUACGACGGUGAUUGCCCAUUCACAGUUGAUAUAAUACAAAGAGCUUAUGAAGUAUUCGUCCCAUUUGCAAUGGUAUCAUUAUGUGGAAAAGUGAUGAGUGUCAAGAAUAAAACAGAAAAAGAACCAUUAAUUGAAAGAGCAAAAAGUCUGAUUCAACAGGUGUAUGCAAUGGAAAGGCUCAAUGAAUCAUAGAUUUUGUUUCAGUAUUGAAUUAAAAUGUCUUUCAUGUUAUAUCAGAUUGUACUAUGCCAAAAAUGUCUAAUAUUUUUAUUUGUUUUAAUAAAUUUUGAA